AUUCAAUCCACUGAACUAAUGUUACCAAGUAGAUAUGAUCAAUGCGCAGGUUAACAAUACGAAUAUGCCCAUCCCAGUGAUUUUAUAUCCUUAGAUACAUAAAUAGAUCUGUUUCUGAUCAGUGUAAAAUAAAAAAUACUUGGUGAAAAAUGUUUUUUAACUGUAUUUUGUCUAUUUCCCAAAUAACAGUUCCUUUUUUGGUUCCUCUUUCAGUUAUUUUUGUAGGCAAUGAGGUUGUGUAAUGUGCAUUCACGUCAUGAAAGGAAGUGAGGGCAUAUUUCACUGAAACAGUUUUGGACUGUUACAGUUCACAAAGUGGAAUGAAGAAAUAAUUUGCAAAACAGAUUAAUCUCAUUACUUUACCUUCACAGUUUGAGGGAAGGGGCCUUUGAUUUUCCUCUGGUAGUUUCCCCAAUCUGGAUUUACAUUGAUAUUGCCACAUGAGGAAAAGAGAAGGAAUCUGUGAAAUGAGGCUAUGAUGGUCCACAGCAAAAUGCCUCCUGAUCUGGUGUUCGGAGUCUUGGUUGCUUUACUUCAGUCUGUUUUCACCCAGAAUAACCCCAAUGAUAUUUAUAUUUUCAAUAAAAUACAUGGCAUUGUGUUCCAUGGACCAAUCAAUCCUGGAAGUGGCCCCGCUGCCUGGUGCUGGACAUCACAUUCCGGGCAAGGAGUGCAACAGCUGAUUGGUUUAUGGAGAGAUAAUUCCGGUUGGUGGAUGCAACAUUCGAACCCUGAAUUCAGACAUUUUGAGUUGUUCCACAACAUGAAAUGCGAUGAUGGUACUGUACAUCUGAGGAUAAGCCGUCCCACAUUUAAGUUUGCAGGAUCCCUCAUCUUGGCACAAACAUCGCCGGGUUAUAAAAUCCUGAAACAGUACGAAAUAUUUGGUAUUAAAAUCGAGGCAAGUCCACGUGAGCCUGUGAUGGGCAGUGACGUCACACUCAGCUGCACCAUCUCCAGACUCUCAGAUACAGUCAGUCUUCACUGGAGACCAAUGGACUCAUCCCAGCAGAACAGGAGCAACACUGAUCAGAUCCAACUGAAAAACACGGUCUAUCUGAUGAUCCGACACGUUACAGUGCAGGAUGGGAUGAUGUAUGAGUGUGAAGUGCAGAAAAAUGUAAAGGUUGUUGGCAAAGGGAAAGCAGAAUUUGCUGUAAGAAACUCUUUAUAUAGAGAAAGUUACACACUUUAUCGCACAGGCACAGAUGGCAGUGAACUCCACCUCCUUUGUUACAGUAUUACAAGAAAUUACUACAACGCUACCUGGUCCUGGACAUCACAUCGUCUUCCUGGUUCGACCGAAGAAAUAACAACGGCUGCAAAGUUUCAGCCCGUCACUGUCACCAGUAGUCGCUUUGCGAAUCGACUGGCGCCCUCAGUGACAGAAUUUAACGGCAAGAAUUUGACGAUGAGGAUUUCCCCUGUGGUGUUCGAGGAUGCAGGAGUUUACACCUGUACUCUGGGCGAAAGUACUUUUGUAACUAUGACACUAAUCACAGUUAAAGUCACAGCCGAGCCAUCUGGUGCAGUGACUGAGGGAGGCAAGGUUACCCUGACCUGCUCUGUGUCCCACGUCACUGAACUGGUGAGACUGGUUUGGAUCAAUGUUGAUGGCAAAACUGUUGAAGAAAAGAAACUGAAUGGAGAAGAUAAAUCACUGAGUCUGGUUAUUCAGAAAGCUGAGAGAGGCAAAGGGAACUGGAGAUGUGGUUUGUUCCAGCAAGAAAGUCUCCAGAUAUUAGUCCCUUACAAUCUGGAAUUCAGUAAUACCUACACCUAUAUUAUUAUUAUUAUUAUUGGAAGUUUGGCUUUUCUGCUCAUCGUUAUCUUGGGAGUGGUGCUGUGUUUGAAAAAGUGCAAGAAUAAAGGUUUGGGAAAUCAAAGGCAGAAACCUCAACAAACAGAGGGAAAUACAGAAGAAGCAUCACAACCUUAUUCAAAUGCUAUGGAAAUCCAGAAAAUGCAAGGAAAUGAGGCACCAGUACCUGAGACCGGUAAUCCUGCUGAAUAUAUGUCUGUCGAUAGAAAGGCAAAGCAGGAAGGCAAUAAGGAAGAUAUUCAUUAUGGAUCAAUAUCUUUUGAGAACAAUGAAUCAGGGAGCACACAUGACAUGCAGUGCAGUGGCAACUCUUCAGGUGUUAAUAAGGCUGCAUCAAAUGAAGACAAUUUAGUUAUCUAUGCACAAAUAUCACAAACAACAUAUGAAUAAUCUAUUGAAAAUAGACAAAGAUUUCAGAAUUGUAUAUUUUGGGGAAUUACUGUAUAAGCUGCUUGAAACUGCUCUGUAGUUAUUUUCAUGGAAAUCUGCACUGUUGAUAUACUUUGAAAGGAUGCUUUUCAUGCCUCAGCAAUUUUUGGCAAUAUCUGAAGAUGCUAUAUAAAAAGAGCAACUGCUUUGUGCAAAAUACAUUGGAUAUUAUAGAUACAUUGCAAUAUUUGAUAAGUUAUCAUGAGUGCAAAAACAAAAGUUGUCAGUGGUAAGUUGGUAAAGUAUAUUUUUGGGACAUCCUAUUUCUUUUGUUACACCUGAGUGCAAAUAAUGCAACAUCAUAUGUAGAUUACUCUCCUGGCCUAUCUUAGAAAUGGUUCUCGUGGGUGAGGGGACAAUAUAUUAUUUCCAAGAUAAGAUGAGGAAAAAGUACAGCUGCCCAAGAAUCAUCAAUCAUCCUCACAACUCUGUGUUGACCCUACCUGAAAAGCUUCAGGAAUUUAUAACUCCCCUUGAGUAGCAAUCCCACGGAGAAAAUGGUAGAAUUACAUAGGCAACUUAACGUUCAGUGAGAGUGCCAACUCCUUGAACCAAGAUGAUGUUCAUACGUUUGCACUGUUUAAAUAUAAUUCAUUUCCAUGUCCUUUUUUUACAAUCAUAGAACUUAAAUAGACAACAGUAAUGAAAUCUUAUGACUUUUAAAAUAGUAUCACUCCAAAAAGUAUGAUAACCAUAUGAUUUUUUUCAGGCUAAUUUGGGGUGUUGCUUUUUCACAAUUUUUGAAGCUGUUAUUCAAUGUUUUAUAUGUUACAAUGUCUUAGAAAUUUGUAAAAUGGAGAAUGAGUCAAAAGGCAAAUUUAUAAGAGGAAAGGAUUGAAAGGUUUGGCUACACAUAAUUGUUCUAGAAUAACAGGAAUCUGAAGUGGGAAAUUAGGAUGGAUCAAACUAUAGGUCAGUUGUUCAUGUGAAUGCAAUGUUUCUUAUUAAUGUUAGAGAUUUGUUUGCUCCUUCUGAUUAAAAAAAAAUAAAAAAUUCUAGCUUUUUCCCCAUAAGUAAAAUGUGCCUGCCAUAAAUAUAUUACUGAUGUGAACAAUAUAUGCUCAUCUAAGGCUGUAACCACUUUAAGUUGUAUAAUAAAACUACCUGUUCUUUAGUUUGCAACACAAUGUAAACAAAUAAA